UCUGUCUUUUUCCUUCUUUUUUUCAUUUUUUUACAUUAACAUUUACAUUUACAUUACCCUUUGUGGGUUUCAAUUCUUGCUUGAAACUCAACAGGGAAUGUUUGUUUUUUCCAAUAUCUAAUCCAAAACAUUCUUAAUAUUUUUUAUUGUGACAGGAUUAGAAGCAUAAUAAAAUGAUCAGGUGUUUGAUUCUCAUUUCACUGUUGAUCCAUGCAACUGCUCAAGCUGUUCAAAAACCUCCAGCUUCCAACAAGAAAUGGCUGACUUUAAACGGUCAGCCUCCGCUGGUGGUGGCGCGUGGUGGUUUUUCAGGGGUGUUCCCUGAAUCCUCCGACUUUGCGAUCGACAUGACUCUUUCGAGCGUACCAGAUGUUGUGAUGCUAUGUAAUUUACAACUAACAAAAGACGGAAAGGGAAUAUGCCAAUCAGAUAUAAGGAUUGAUAAUACAACAAAUAUCGAUAUGGUUUUUCCUAACAAUUCAAGAACAUAUAAUGUCAAUGGCAAGGAUGUUAAUGGCUGGUUCUCUCUGGAUUUCACAUCUGAGCAGCUUUUGAGCAAUGUCACAGUGAUGCAAAACAUAUUGACUAGACCGAGUGAUUUCGACAAUUUACUACCGAUAGCUGCAGUUGAUGAUGUUUUACGCGGUAAAUUCCAAUCAUAUUGGAUCCAUGUUCAGUAUGACAAAUUCUAUACUGAACAUAAAUUAAGUGUAGCAUCACUUAUUCAAAAGGAUAAAGCAUUUCGGUAUGUUGAUUACCUUUCAAGUCCUGAGAUUGGUUUCUUGAAGUCGAUGAACGGAAAAGUGAGCAAAACCACCAAGCUCAUCUUCACUUUCCUUGACAAAGCUGCAAUUGAACCCACAACCAACCAAACUUAUGGUUCGAUACUGGAAAAUCUAGCCACGGUUAAGUCAUUUGCUGCUGGAAUUGCGGUUCCUAAAGAUUACAUAUGGCCUGUAACCAAAGCCAACUAUUUAGAAAAGAAUGCAACCAGUCUUGUACCUGAUGCUCAUAAACUCGGUCUAGAAGUAUACACGUCUGGUUUCGCGAAUGACUACGUCGGAGUCUACGAUUAUAGCUACGAUCCAACGGCUGAAUACUUGCAGUUUAUCGAUAACAAACAGUUUGCUAUCGAUGGAAUGAUCACAGAUUUUCCGCCUACAGCAUCAGCAGCUCUUGCAUGCUUUGCAAAUUUCAGUGAAGUUGACCUGCCUAGAAAGGGUGGACCUAUGAUCAUAUCUCACAAUGGGGCAAGUGGAGUUUAUGCUGGCUGCACAGAUCUUUCUUACCAAAGAGCUUUAGAUGAUGGAUCCGACAUUAUAGAUUGCUCGGUUCAAAUGUCGAAGGAUGGUGUGGCUUUUUGUUUGGAUUCUGCAGAUCUUACUGGAGAUACAACAGCAAUGACUGCCUUCGUUACUCGAUCAACCACUAUCCCGGAAAUUCAACCAGCUGCCGGAAUCUUUUCGUUUGAUCUCACAUGGAGUGAAAUUCAGACAUUGCAGCCUCAAUUGGUAAGUCCUUUGGGUAACAAUAACUUGUUCCCAAGAAACCCUGCAAGCAAAAAUGCAGGUAAAUUUAUGACUCUGGCCGAUUUUCUGGAAUUCGCCAAAGCUAAAGCAGCCUCUGGAAUUUUAAUCAACAUUGAGAAUGCUGCUUACCUAGCCGCGAAGAAGGGUCUUGACAUAGUAACUACUGUUAGCAGUGCCUUGAGCAACGCCACUUUUGACAAGCAAGCAACUCAACAAGUCCUAAUUCAAUCCGAUGAUACGUCGGUACUGUCCAAAUUCCAGAACAUUCCUGCUUAUAAAAGAGUGCUGUACCUAGAAGAAGAAAUAAGGGACGCGCCCAAGAAUUCAAUAGACGAAAUCAAGAAAUUUGCAGAUGCAGUCAAUCUGCCAAGAUCAUCACUUGUUCCAACUAACAAUGGUUAUGCUUUAAGUACAACCAGCAUCAUAAAAGAAAUGCAUGCUGCAAAUCUGACAGUCUAUGCCUCCGUUCUUAGGAACGAAUUCGCUACACUUGCAUUUGAUUUCUUUGCAGAUUCUACACUAGAGAUUGCUACUUACAUUGUUGGACUUGAAGUCGACGGUAUCAUAACGGAAUACCCCGCAACUGCAAACAGAUACUUGCGAAAUGUGUGUUCAAACCUGAACUACGAUCUCACAUACUCGGUUCUUCCAAUCGAACCGCCACUUCUACUGCAAUUCAUAACUGCUCCAAUGCCAGCAGUAGCUCCUGCGCCCGUUCUGGACGUUGCAGACGUUGUAGACCCACCGCUACCAGCAGUAACUAAGAUCACAGACUCUGCUUCCACAACUAGUCCUCCUCCAACCCAUAAAGCAAGCUCUGGCACCACAAAUAUAGCCAAUUUAAGCGCAACUCUAGUAAUGGCAACAAUGGUGCUGUUGAGCUUAGUGUCAAAGAGAUGUUAGUGAAUAAGAAUGGUGUGGCUGGACUGUUCGAUUGAACUUAAUUUGUUUUACAUAAUUCUUGAAUUGGUAAUCUUUAUGCGAACUCUCGUGUACUAUAUAGUAACAGAAAGUAAAUAGAAAAAAGAUUAUUUGAGUGGCUUACUGAUAUCAAUUUUCAAGUUUACGAGUCCGUACUAACAAAAACAUUAACAUUCCCACCCAGUCUUUGGUUUUUCAAGUUUGUAUAUGUAAAAUUGUGAACUACAGUAUUUUUCAUAUGAAUCUAUACUUAAAGCUUCUUCUGGGUUCAUUCAUUCAAAUUUAAUGAUUAACGAUCGUUUUAAUGUCCAUAAUUGUAUGAUUUAAUUGUCCAGAUGAGAAAUAUGUUGAAUGGAUAAAAUUUGAACAAAUAAUUUUGUUUCAACAGAAAAAUAAAUAAUUGUAUUUAGGUUUAAAAAUCAAAGACCAAUUUGUAGAAAUGAAGACGAUCGGAAAAAGUGAGGCUCAGAUUCGCCUUCUAUCAGACAAUUAAAAGGAACAGAAAAUCGGAGCGUGGCUGCAAAAAGAGAGCUCUUAAAAGAAAGAAGCUACAGAUUGCCUCGCCAAACACAUCCAGAAAAGCAUUCCUUUAAACGACUGAGUUUGAUACAAAAUUAUAAUCAUCACAGCCUCUAUAUUCCGGUUCAUAAAGAGCAGCAGCAACAACAACAACAAAAAGAGAGAGAGAAAGAAAAAGAUGGUGAUGAUGAUGAUGAUGGUCACGAGCGGUUUAUUUUAAAGAAUCGGCGAUCGUGGACAUCACCGGCUCCGCCGUCGUUCAGAGAGGAGAGGCAACCACUCCUAAGAACGCCCU